AUGAAAAAAAUAAUUACCAUUGAAGAUUCUAUAAGUACAGAGUAUGCAGACAAGUAUAUGUCCUCUAAAGAAAUAAAAAACUUAUGUGUAAUUUUAUAUACAGAGAUUCUGAAUUUAAAAAAAGAAUUUAUGUCUUUAAAAGAUAAAACUAAGGAAAUACAAAAGAAAUAUAUUGGAUGUAGUUGUACAACUAAAAAAAACAAAGAAAAAGGAAAAGGAUUAUGCAAAAAAUGUGAAAGAAGAUAUAAAAAUAUUCUAGGAUCUCAUGUAAGAUUAAGUGAUAUUAAAUCAAAAUAUAAUAAGUACUUAACACAAUAUAAGAAUUAUCAAGAAGUUUUUGAAUCAAGUUUAGAAGGUGAUACUUCUGAAAGUGAUACUUCUGAAAGUAAUAAAAUUCAGGAUAGUAAAAAUAUUGAAAAUGACGAUAAAAACAGCGAUCAUGAUAAUAAAUCAGUGUUAGUAACACAUGAAGUAUUACAAGACAAAAAUACAGGUACUUGUUAUAUAUUAGAAAAUAAUCCACUGUUAAAUACUUAUAAUAAUCUUUCUUUUCAAGAAAAAAAGUUCAUAUCUAAUAUCUUGAAUUUUAAUCCAUUAAGUCCAAUUAAUUUAUCAGAAUGUAAUGAGGUAUUUCAUCAAAUCACUCAUAUGGUUUUUAGUAUGGAAAAAAUAAUAUAUAUGCCAAAUACUUAUCCUAGUUUUAUUCAAUUAAUCAUGGUUUUACGUGGAAUACUCUCGAUCUUACUAUUUCUAUGCUUAAAUAACAAGGAUAAAUAUGUUAAAAGUACAAAUAACAUGACAAUAUCACUUUUAAUAUUUUCAAAAACUAUAGAUUCAAAAAUUAUACAUGGAAAUGAGACACCUGAAGAAAUAGAAAAUAGAUUAAUAUUAGGAGGAUUAACUAGAAGUAAAGAAAGUUGUUCUAAAUUAUUAGAUACAACAAGAGAACAUUUUAAUGGAUUAGAAGAAAUUACAUAUAAUUUAUUAUAUGAAGUAAUAACUUGUGUACAUUCUGUGCAAAGUCAUAGUAAUACUCAUACUCAUUAUCAAUACUCUCAGUACUUCAGACUCUUCAGCUUUAUUUUAUAUUCAAGGUUGUUCUGGUUGUAG